UACAACAUUGUCGAUCGACUACUUCGAAUAUACUAGCUAAAAUACUAGCUAAAAGUUCAAGUUUAUUUUUUGUGCCGUUUCAAGUGCAGUGUCUUUUUUCGUUUUGUUUUUUUCGAUUUUCCGACUCAACAAAAAAAAUGGUUGUAACGAAAGAUUACCUUCACAAACUGGAGUUCAAAUUACAUGGCUUGUGCUGUUUUAAUCAGUACGAAAAUGAUCGUACAUCUACGUCGGUAGAAGACGAGGAAAAUGAAAAAUCGACAGAUUGGAUGGAGAUUGAGGAGAGCUUCAUGCUCCAACCGCUGUUCGGUGAUUACGAGGGAGUCUCAACGUGUACGAGAUUCGCCUCCUCGAUGACUGCCACAAGGAAAUUUGGAAAGAAGCCGAAUCGAAUGAAAUCUGUUCGUUUUGCAAAAAAACGCGAGGCGAGCCGGCCACAAAAUUGCUGGAAUUCUGGGAGAAAGGAGAAGAACACAUUUGGCCAAACUAUCAGUAUAAAUCAUCGAAAUUGAAAGUUUUCGACUUUAAAACCCUUUAUGACCCCUCGAAUUUUAAUUGGGAGGAAAGCCUGUUUGGCAAAAAACAAAAGUUUGUUUCGGUAUAUUAACGCAAAAUGAUUACUCUAAUACCAACAGAAAAUGAAACUAUUGUUUCCAUCACAGCUCAUGACGAUGGUGCUAAUACAGGUCGACGUUAUGAAGUUGGUUAGAAAUUUUAGAGAAAAUUUUUUUAUCUUUUAUUUAUUGUAUAUUUCGUAUUUUAACUGUAACAUCUUUUUCGUUAACAAUAUUUACAAUUCAUAUUUAUAUGAAGAAAUUUUAGUUCGUGGGUAUGCUUUUAAACGAGUUGUUGAGUAUUACUAUCAAAUUAUAUUUUUUAUUUACAAUAAUUUGAAAGCUUUAAAAAUAAGCAAUCAUUUAAGUCACAGUUACCUGAAAAUUUUUUUAUAUAAAAUAUGUUUAUUACU